GUCGCGGGCUGCCGCGUAACGGUGUGCGAUUGAGAGAUCUGUCCGCCACCAAGACCCCAGAGGGGAGGGCCUGCUCGCGGCUCGGGGACCCUUCCACGGUCUGACCUCCCAGCAACAUGGCAACCAGCGCCGUCCCCAGUGACAACCUCCCUACGUACAAGCUGGUGGUGGUGGGGGACGGGGGCGUGGGCAAGAGUGCCCUCACCAUCCAGUUUUUUCAGAAGAUCUUUGUGCCUGACUACGACCCCACCAUUGAAGACUCUUACCUGAAACAUACAGAGAUUGACAAUCAAUGGGCCAUCUUGGACGUUCUGGACACAGCCGGACAGGAGGAGUUCAGUGCCAUGCGGGAGCAGUACAUGCGCACCGGGGACGGCUUCCUCAUCGUCUACUCCGUCACCGACAAGGCCAGCUUCGAGCACGUGGACCGCUUCCACCAGCUCAUCCUGCGUGUCAAGGACAGGGAGUCAUUUCCCAUGAUCCUCGUGGCCAACAAGGUCGAUUUGAUGCAUCUGAGGAAAAUCACCAGGGAGCAAGGAAAAGAAAUGGCGAACAAACACAAUAUUCCGUACAUAGAAACCAGUGCCAAGGACCCGCCUCUCAAUGUGGACAAAGCCUUCCAUGACCUCGUUAGAGUAAUUAGGCAACAGAUUCCAGAAAAGAGCCAGAAGAAGAAGAAGAAAACCAAAUGGCGGGGAGACCGGGCCACUGGCACCCAUAAACUGCAGUGCGUGAUCUUGUGACGGCCUGAGUCCCUGGGCACAGUGACAGCGAACUGCCAGCCCUCGGGACCCCUCCACUGCCUAACUGCACUGAAAACCAUUUCUAACCACAACCCUUGGCCUGAGGACUUGGCACAGAAAGGGAGAGAGGAAGGGUGAGCUGGGAGCAGACAGGGCCUGGCUUUGCCAGAGGGCACGAGCUGUCUCAGAUCUCCCGUGAGACCAGGAAGCCACCUGUGUACAGAGCAGCCUUUAGCCUCUCGCCGGUUGAUACACCCGGGUCCCCCCUUCUCUUGGUGGGUGUGUUGUUCCUUUUAGAUACCUAGUGUUGGUUUGAUGUGGGUGUGUUUAUCCAUGUGCAACGUUCCAAACAAGCCAUGAUCCAGCUUCCCCCCGCCCCCGCCGCCUGACUCCAAGCCACAGUGUCUGAGCUCAGAUGUCUUUUGUAGAUUUUUAAAUUAUUUUAGUGAUGAUUAUUUUAUUUAGCGGGGGGGGGGGGGGGGGGGGUCUGUGCCCACUGCCUGAUGGAAUCCCAGGUCUUCAGCAGACCUCACUGAUAACAUGGACAGGAUACUAUUGUUGUCUUCUUCAUUGAGUGCCAAACUCAACCCAGAAUGAGCAGAAUGGCCGAGAGGCCCGAAGUUAAUGGGAAUGGUAUGUAGCUGGGGGUGGGGGGUAGGGGUCCUCAGGCCAUGGGUCAUACCCUGGAGGGAAAGCAGCCCCAUUCAUUGCCUAGAAACCGAGGAGAAGAGAGAUGCAUUUACCCAGAGGGCUUUUGCUGAGGACGCAGAUAUCAGAAGACAAAAUUUAUCUCACCGAGAUGAGUGGCAGGUGCAAGCAUGUCGUUUCUAAAAGGAGAGUUUGUUAUUAUUGUCCUGAAAAUAUAUAAACUAAGGUGAGUGAG